UUCAGUGAUAGCCGUUGCUCUGUUUGGUUUCUGCUAAUAGACAACAUUAACAAUGUGGCUCAAGUUAUUCGUGAUUCAGAUUAUCGUUGCAGUUAUUUCGGGCUACGAAAAGAAAUGCGCAGCCCCAGUAGUCAAUAUCACCGGACUAGGACUGGUGUGUGGCUCUACUGGCCGUACGGCAUGGACCGAAAAGGACGUUUAUAAAUUCCAGGGAAUCCACUACGGAGUGGCCCCUGUGGGUAAUUUGAGAUUUAAGCCAACGAAGAAAGUUGGUCCAUGGGACGGUAUAAAAAAUGCAACCCAAGCAGGAGUCCGCUGUCCCCAGAUCACCGAAAGCUAUGUCAAUGUGGAUAACGAGGAUUGUCUUACUUUAUCAGUUUAUACCAGCGAUCUAAAUGCAGCUCGCCCGGUGAUGGUCUUCAUCCACGGAGGAUGGUUUUACACCGGAGGUGCUGAUGCAUUCCAACCAGACUACCUACUUGAAUCGGACGUAGUUCUGGUGGCGAUUCAAUAUCGUUUGGGCCCGCUCGGAUUUCUCAGCACAAUGAGUCAAGAUAUUCCCGGCAAUGUUGGAUUGCUUGAUGUAAUCACCGCGCUGGAGUGGGUUCAACAGAACAUUCACAGCUUCGGGGGAAAUAGCUCGGUCGUGACUAUUUUUGGUCAAUCUGCUGGGGCGUCAUCGGUUUCGGCAAUGCUCCACAGUCCGUUGGUGCAGGAUCGCAAAGUUCCACUGUUCCAGAGGGCCAUCCUUCAGUCCGGGUCAUUGCUCGUUCCUCGGCAUAUUGCGGAUGAUCCAGUUGGAGGAGCGAAGGACAUUGCUAACCGAUUGGGUUGCAAGGAUACCCAAAUCGAAGAUUGUUUUCGGGAAGCACCCAUAAAAAACCUACUGGAAGCGUUCAUGGACCACCGUGCGGAAGCGAUACGAAGCCGCGGUUUUCCAUCUAUUGCAGCAUCUAACAUUGCAAUUGGUGGCCCCUCGGGUCUGUUUCCUCAACAUCCGAAAUAUUAUAUGCGAAACAGUAAAAAAGGAAUCGCAGUAAUGGCCGGAACGGUCGCAGAUGAUGGUCUUUUCCUAUGGUAUGAAAUUAACCGCUUCCAGUCGAACCUUCCGAAAUCAUUGAACAGUACGAAUCAGCUUCUGGAUUUCAUUCGUAUUUUGCACGAAAAAUUUGGCCAAACACGUCUCGAUGGAGUACUUGAAUCUCUGGAGCUCGUGCGGUAUUUCGCGGACAGCGACUUCCACGAGUUACGAUGGAAAAAUCUUUUGACCAGCAUUGCUGACAUUUGUGCGGCGCAUGGAGUGAAAGGGCCAGUGCUGACAGAAGUUCGAGAAAUCAAUCAGAUGAACUCGGGAAACGUUUAUCUCUACAGCUUCGAUUAUUCGGAGACUCCAACGGAGGAAACACCACACGAUUUGUUCCCUUAUAAAGGGGCAGUUAAUCAUGCCGAUGAUCUUCAAUAUCUUUUCCCUUUGAAAACGAUGGAUGCGGAUGGUAUUGCCGUGGCAAAAACGAUGGUUGAGUUGUGGACCUCAUUUGCCACUAAUGGUGUUCCCAGAGCGCAAAAUGUUCCUUCCUGGCCAUCGGUCGGUGACUUCGGGGGCAAUCCUUUAGCAGGACUCAUUCCAGGUGUAUUUGGCCCGUAUAUGAAAAUCAAUGCAAAAAGCGAAUUGGAAAGCGAUUAUCGAGAAGAGUUCCUUAGUACUAGUAGAAGAUUUAGGACGCGUCCGCAGAAGUUAUAAUAGAAGAAAGCGAGUAUCAGACUUUAUACAGAAGUUUCUGAAACUAAAUGGAAUUCGUUCCACACUUUACAUGUGUAUAUAUUAAUUAUGAAUAAAUAUAAUAUCCCUCGUAUUUCCCGACUAACAUUAUG